AUGAGCAGAUUGGAUAGAUUUAUGGUGUCUGAAAAAUGGUGUGUUUCUUGGCCGAAUUGUAUUCAGGUGGCUCAUCAGCGGGGUCUCUCGGAUCAUGUCCCAGUGGUGCUUGAUGUUGAUAAUGCUAAUUGGGGACCCCGUCCGCUUCAAUGGCACCAACAACACUUUAAAAAUUUAGAUGGUAAGAUCCUUGAAGCGAAGAAUCAAAUUUCUUCCCUCGACAUUAAAGGGGAGGAAGCUGAGCUUCUUGAAGAAGAAGUUAAGGAACUUCAUGAUUUAUCUGUUCAACUACAUUCCAUGGCUCGAGUACAAACUAGCAUGAAUUGGCAGAAGGCGAGGAUGAAUUGGGUCAGGGAAGGUGACGCGAAUUCAAAAAAUUUCCAUAAUAUGAUGUCAAGCAGACAAAGGAGGAAUGCAAUUCAUUUGGUUCAUGUUGAUGGGGUUCUUGUGGAAGGGGUCCAGAAUAUUCAUACUGCGGUUUAUAAUCAUUAUUCCAGUCAUUUUCGUGCAUUAGAUGUUCUAAGGCCGGGGGUGGAUGGGCUGAACUUCCGUAAGCUCUCUUACACUCAGGCGGCCAGCUUGGUGCAGUCUUUUUCAUUGGAGGAGUUUAAACAGGCAGUGUGGGACUGUGAGAGUUUUAAGAGUCCCGGACCAGAUUGUUUCCUUGGUUGGCUGCAUGUAUAA